AGAGUGAGUCUCACUGAUCACCGCUCAGUCACUCACAUGAGUCUACAGAUAUCUUUAGAGUGGAGACGGACAUAAACAGGACUGACACUACUACAUACAGAUAAGGACCGCAAACAAUAUGCCUGUAGAAACAUUAUCAAUCAGAAACCGCUCUGCCAUUGGCCGCUUUCCAACUGGCACUCUUACGCUGGAGGAUCCAGACAAGCUGAAGUCACAGAAGCCAGACACGAAGUGGACAUGUAGCGCAUGGUUUCGACAGUGCUGCCAGCGCUGCUGCUGCCGCAGAAAUCCCACAGAUCCCUUACCUAUCUCUCUAUCAGAUACUCUUCUGGAGGUUCGUUCUAUAGACCUGCUCAAAUCGAAAAAAGAACAGAACCGUCUGGAGCAUCAUACAGAUCGCUAUCUCAGCGAGCACCUCGUCAUCCGCAGAGGCCAGACCUUCCAGAUGUGGAUUGAGCUCUCACGGGCUUUCAACUCAGAGACAGAUAAACUUCAGUUAGAUCUGAAACUAGGUAAUCUCCCAGAUGUAUCCAAAGGCACACAUGUGAUCAUUCCUCUGGUUAAGGACCUGCAGGAUGGCUGCUGGGAAGCCAAGAUAGUUGAACAGAAAGGCAGCAAAAUAAAACUCUCUGUCAACUCUCCACCAACUGCUGCUAUUGGCAAAUACAAGCUCUGUGUUGCAACAUCUUCCCCAACGGGUGAGGCCGUGUCCCCAUGCAGUCCCGACAACGACAUCUACUUGCUGUUCAACCCCUGGUGCGAAGACGACUCUGUGUACAUGGAUAAUGAGGAGGAGAGGAAAGAGUAUGUCUUAAAUGACAUGGGUCUAAUCUAUUAUGGAACGGACAGCCAGAUUGGAGACAGGCCGUGGAAUUUUGGCCAGUUUGAUAAGGGCAUUCUUCCCGCCUGUCUGUUUUUGCUGGAGCGCAGUGGAGCCCCAGCUUCAGGAUGUGGAGAUCCUAUCAAUGUGGUCAGGCUUUUGUCUGCGAUGAUUAACUCCCCUGAUGACGGCGGUGUGUUGGUAGGCAACUGGUCGGGUACGUACGAUAAUGGCACGGCUCCCACAUUCUGGAGCGGUAGCAGUGACAUUCUGAGAAAGUACUAUGAAAGUGGAGGAACACCGGUUAGAUACGGACAGUGCUGGGUCUUCUCUGGGGUCACCACCUCAGUGAUGAGGUGUUUAGGGAUUCCGACCCGGAGCGUUACAAAUUUCGAGUCUGCUCAUGACUCAGAUGUCUCCUUGACAACAGACGUGUAUUUAGAUGAGAACUUCCAGCCAAUUGAGGAAUUCAAUCAAGAUUCUGUCUGGAACUUCCAUGUGUGGAAUGACUGCUGGAUGGCCCGUCCAGACCUACCCGCCGGUAUGGGGGGGUGGCAAGUAGUAGAUGCCACCCCUCAGGAGACCAGUCAGGGGGUUUUCCGCUGUGGUCCCGCUUCUGUCGCUGCUGUCCGGAACGGACAGGUUUACCUCAAGCAUGACACACCAUUCGUAUUUGCAGAGGUGAACAGUGAUAAAGUGUACUGGCAGCGAACUGCUGAUGGCACCUUUACUCCUGUCCAAGUCAGUAAGAAAGCAAUAGGUCACUGCAUCAGCACUAAAGCUGUUGGCUCUGAUGAACGUGAGGACAUCACACACCUCUACAAACAUCCAGAAGAUUCAGAGGAAGAGCGCAUAGCUGUGGAGACUGCCUGUCAGUAUGGCUCUAAAGCAGCCAUCUACAACAUCUCCAGUGCUAACGAUGUCACCAUCCAGAUCUCCAUGGAUGAAGAACCUCAGCUUGGGGCAGAUGCUAAACUGCUCAUCACUGUGAAGAACACAAGCUCAGAACUGCGUACUUUCUCCCUCCAAGGCCAGGUUAUCGUUAUGUACUAUACUGGGGUGUAUAAAGCUACAGUGAAGAAAGACCAGGUUCCUGUCGAACUCCAGCCCAAUGAAGUUGAGACUGUGGAGUGGUGUCUGCUCUAUGAUCACUAUAAAGACCAGCUGGUGGACCAGGCCAUGCUGAUGCUCACAAUCACUGGACGCGUCACUGAGACCAAACAGGUUCUGGCCACCCAGUUUCGGUUCAGACUGCGCACACCAGACCUAGUCAUCAAACCUGAAGGGGACGCUGUAGUUGGCAAAGAAAUGAAGGCUACGGUUGUUUUCCGGAAUCCACUUAAGCGCACACUGAAGAAUGUGAAGUUUCGCUUUGAAGGACUGGGACUGCAGAGUGUCAGGGAGGUUUCCUACGGAAAUAUAGAAAGUUUGGCUGCAGUGACACUGACCGAGAAGUUUAUUCCUUUGGAGGCCGGCCCACAGAAACUUCUAGCAUCACUCGACUGUCGUCAGCUGUCUCAGGUGCAUGGAGUCGCCAACAUCACUGUCAAAGCACCGUGAGACAUCUCUUCACUGCACUGGACCUUCAGUGGCGCUGCAGUUCAUUAAGAAAAUCUCAAUUGAGGACAUUCUUGUUGUUUUUAAUCUAGCAAACAGCUUGAGAAUAUCUUUUGGCACGCAUUCUCAAAUGCACCUGCAUUUUUGCACAGUGUAGUACAAUAACCACUCGUGCACAUUUUACAUAGGUUAAUUUAACCAUUUAAAAUAUUAUUUAUUUUUGUUACAUGAACCAAAAUGUCUGUAUAAACUUUUGUUGCUUUAAAAGGUUGCUUUUUAGGUUGAAUUUAUUCAUCCUUUUAUUUUUUAUUUUUCUCUCGGAAUACAAUUUUCCAGAUAUUUCUGAUGAUUCAUAAAUAUUUAAGUCAUUACAACCACGCUGUUUGUGUUUUUAGUUAGUAAUCUGGCAAAGAGCCAAAGGAUUAUAUUGCAUCUUAAACAUUCAAAAGCAUUUCUAAAUCAUAUGAAGUCUGGACUCGGGCGAUAUGUUUUGUCAACCAUAUCUGAUUUUUAUAUGAACAUGUUUCUGAGGCAUGUAAAUAUAAUACUUUUAUAUAUAGAAAAUAUUUAGAUCUAUUAGUUUCAAAGGUAUUAACUCAUGUUUGCUGGAGGACAUAAAAAAAAGUCAAAAUGUUAGCAGUAGGUGGUUAAGGCUAAGGGAUACAGCAGUGGAUACUGGGCAUGCACACAUCAGUAUAGCUGCAUUUUUGUCAUACUGUACUACAAUAAGUACAGUUUUUACAUUACAGUAAGGGCUAGGUGUAAAUGGACAGGUGUAAAACACAAUCUAAUAGGUAGAAAAUUAAAUUUAUUAUACGUUUCCGGUUUUAGAUGUAUCUCAUCUAGUUACAACCACAGUAUGGAUUUUGUUUCAUUGAAAUAGAACAGCUUGUGAAGAUGUGACAGGUACAAGAAAAAAGCAUGCACAAUCGUACACAAGAGACAGAGAUAUUGGGGGAAAUGAAGAAAAGGAAAACACUUUACAGCUUUUUAUGUGAUGGCCAUGGUUUCAGAAAUUGCUGUGGCCUGGAUGAGUUUUGCUUAGGGCUCCAGACGUCUGAGAGGAAUAUAAGCCCGCACCCAAACAGGACGAGCAGCAUUACUGAAUGACAGUCGAAACAGACACCAGUUCCACAGUAAUGGUUCCUUAUUUUUUCACCUAGAUUUGCCACCAGAUCACAAAAAAAUGAAGGCGCAUUUAAGAUUCAUUGGAGUGUUUUGUAUAUUUUUAGAAGACUAAAUUCAGAAUGUGCUAUUUACCAUCAAGCGUUUCUCGUUUGAUCCCUCGCCGUCAUCUCUUUCUCUCUCUGAAACCCGCCCUGAACUAAAGUCAAUGUUACAGAUGAGUAUGGCAUAUAUUAAAUGGAUCUUGAAGCUGUUGACCGUUGUUUUAAUAUUGAAUUGCAUGGUUUUGUUCUACUAUGGGGAGGGUAACAUCUCUGAGUGAUUUGAUCAUAUUUUUUAUGAAGAAAUUGUACUAUUUAUAUAAACUUAUGUAUAUUGCAUUAUAAGACUAAUUACAUAAGAUGUUUAUACUCUAUGACUGCAAUGAAUAAAGGAAAUGCUAAUAUAUAUGUAUAUAAA